AUGACACAAUUGGUCGACAACGAAAACUUGAACAGAUUUUUGAACGGAUUUUACAGGGAAUCUGACGUAAAGCCUCCUGUAGAAAAUGACCCAUACUUGUCUUACUUAACAAAUGAAGCCAAGUUGGUAAUGGGUAGCACGGUGUUCGAUGGAAAAGCUGAAAUUGCUCAAAUGAGACAAAACAUGUGGACAAAGGUAACUAAGAGACAUCAUGUUGUGGAAAAGGUGGCCUUCGUUAAUCCAAAAGAAGUGUUAUUGACUGGGUACGUGGAAUACACUUUAUUCAAUGGGAAGACUUUGACAAGUGCUUUUGCAGGUAAUGCGGUUUUCGAAAACGAUGAUUUCAAAAAAAUGUCGUUAUAUCAUGUUUACCUUGAUACUGCUCCUAUGGCUGCUGCUUUAUCUAGUUAA